AUGAGGAAGGCAAUUCCUGUUCCCAUAAGUUCUUCGUUUCCCACGCAGCCAGUAGCAGUGCCUCUCCUACUAAUGGACUGGGCUGCUGUAAAAGGGCGGACUGAGGAGACUGUCUCCUUUUGCCUGGAUAGUCUUUUAGCUCAGCAUGAGUGGCAUGUGGCAUGGGAGCAAAGCCAACAUAAGUUUAGCACUAAGAGAGAGGCAGAGUUCUUCUGGCAGCUGCCAGAAAAACAAAUUGGAGAAGAAGGUGAACAGUGCACGAGGAGAUUUGGGAGCUCAAUGUCCCCCUUUCCCGCAGCUGUGCAGUGGGAGCUUCCCUUCUUGGUUACUGUUUUUUCUUCUUUCCUUCCCCCUGCCUUGGCUAAAUCUGAUGAAGGAAAAGAAUUGAAAAUAUAUGCUGGUUCAAGGGAUGCUUUUGACAGCCCAACAGAGGACGGGCUGGCAGUCUCUCAAAAGCCUACCAAAGUCCAUUAUGCCCGCUUAGUGUCGGAAGAGAAAGCAAUUUCCUUGAGUGAGAAACGGAAUCUGUCUUUUACUUCCAAAAGCGGAGAAAUUGUUGGUGAUUUCUCGAAGCUAAAGCGGAAGUUAGAGAAAUCGGGUUCUCAUAGCACCAGGAAAAAUGUAGCAGCAAGCGGUCCUCCUAGCUCAAGAAAAGUUGCCUUGCCAGAGCCUUUACCGCAGCAGCAGCCUGUAGCUUCCGGCAACAACAGGCAAGCAGCACCAAAGGCUUUGUCUCCUCGUAGUACUCCCCAAAACAAAGGCAAGGGUAAGGAAGUUCCUGUGAUCCCGAAGCGUCGAAGCAUGCGCAUUCUUGAAACACGGUUUGCCAAUACCCGCAAGAACAAAGGCGAAGAUGCGGGACCCAAAGUAGUGGUAACGGUUGAUGAUAAUAGUGAUGAUGGUAGCGAUGAAAGUGGUGCUGCAGAGACUGAGAUUAGCACCCACAAGCAAGAGAGCACUCAUAAUACAAGUGGUAUGGAUGACGACCUUGAUGAAGAUCAAUACUAUAGUCAUAACGAAGACACAUAUCCGGACUUCGGCACUAACUUAGAGGAGUCUGACGCCUCAGAUAUACCUCCUGCUUUGGCUAGUGACCAUGGGCAGCGUGUUGACAUUGAAUUGGUCGUGCCUACCAUUGAGGACACAACAGGUGCCUCAUCGGAGGCCGAUUUUGCCUUUUCCGCUACUGUUGCUGAUGUUGUCCUGAGCCUUCCGGCAGCGCAACUUCAUUCUUCUCCUAACCUGGACACUCCUGACAUGGCUACUAACGCCUCUCCACCACUUCCAGCCGUUCCUCCUCCUAUUUCUCCAAUCCUGAGCACACCUGACAUAGCUGCUAGCACCUCUUCGCCGCUUCCAGCAGUUCUUCCCCCUACUUCUCCAAUCCUGAGCAUACCUGACAUAGCUGCCAGCACCUCUCCGCCGCUUCCAGCAGCCAUUCCCCCUACUUCUCCAAUCCUGAGCAUACCUGACAUAGCUACCAGCACCUCUCCGCCAUUUCCAGCAGUUCUUCCUUCUACUCCUCCUACCUUGGGUACACCUGUCAUGGCUGCCGGCGCCUCUCCGCUACUUCCAGCAGCACAGCCCUUUGUUGAUAUUGUUGACAACAGUCAUAGGAAUGGUGAUGCUUUUAUCGCAGGUUCCUCUAUAGGGUAUUUAUCCGAGAAAGGCAUGUCUCGGCAAGAUUGGGAAAACUCCUACACGGCAUUCAAAUCUUUUUUUUACGGCGGUAUCACCAUUCUUAUAUCCAUUGAUGAGCUUCUCCUGCUUUGCUACAGAUUUCAUGGUUAUGUGACAUUUCAAGGUGCCCUUGUGUAUCCAGAGACGGUUGAGGCCUUGAAAAGGUUUAUAGACAAAUACGGAGAUUUGAUGGAAGCUACAGAUGUCACCUCCUCUUUCUCAAGGUGCACUGCCUUCCGAGCCCUUCGCCUAGUACUUCAUGGGAUGGACACCAUGCAACUCCUUGAUAUUACGGACCACAAACUACUUUGUUGGCGAGAUGCAAUAUGUGAGGCCAUGAUUCUGGGCUUUCGCGUGGAAUUUCUUCUCAAACUUGUGAAGAACCUAGCACGUGCCGUCUUCGGAGCACGGGCCAUUCAUAGUAUGCAAUUGUCACAUGAUUCUAAUGAAGUAAAAGCUGCUGCAGAUGCCUUGAAUAUUAAACAUCAGGAAUUGGAGAACCAGCGCCGAGAGAUGCAUGCCCUUCUUCUUGCUAAGGGUAUUUCUGUUGACAGCGCUGAGUGCGUGAUGGAGGCAGCGGCUAGAUUAUCUCCUGGGGCUUCCUUCGUUCUUUUCGGACAUUCCUCAUAG